AUGAGAUACAAUGGGAAAAAUCAUCCCUUCUUUAGAGAACCAAGGAGGCAAAUUAUUUUCUUGAAAUUCAAGUCAGAAGUUGCUAGUGUGUUCAGGAAAUUCAAGAAAUUAGUGGAAACUCAAAGUGACUGUAAGAUUCAAGCUUUGAGGUCUGAUAAUGGAAAGAAUACACCUCAGCAGAAUUUAAUUCAUUCUGCGAAGAAGCCGGCAUUGUGUCAGCUUACAACACCAUACACUCCAGAACAAAAUGGAGUUAGUGAAAGAAGAAAUAAAUCGAUAAUGGAGAUGCAUUGGGAUUGGGAGACGCCCAAAAAUAAUCCAACAAUUGACACUCUACUAGAUCCAAAAGAUCUAGUAGAUGAUCCUCCUGUUAGAGGCACAAGGUUGAUCUCUGAUAUCUAUCAGAGAUGCAAUACUACAAUUUGUGAGCCCACAAGCUAUGAGGAAGCAGAAGGGGAUGACAAAUGGGUGGCUGCAAUGAAGGAGGAGAUGCUGAUGAUCAAAAGAAAUCAGACCUGGGAGCUUGUUGAGAAACCUUAUGACAGAAAGAUCAUUGGUGAAAAGUGGGUCUUCAUGACAAAGCUGCAUGCAUAUGGUUCCAUAUACAAACACAAAGCAAUACUUGUGGUGAAGGGUUAG